UUUAUUAAAAGCAUAAACAUUUUAUUGGUGUUUAGCUCAGUUAAAUAUCAAAAUGAAGUUGGCCGUCGUGUUUCUCUGCCUGAUGCCGUUCGUGCUCAGUGCCAGCGUCAACGAGAGAUUCAUCGAGUCUUUGCUCGGGGGAUACGACAUCGUUGCUCUCGCUAAGCAACUUUUGUCCCAGUUCGGAACUGAUGAGACCGAACAACAGUGUGAGACCCAGCUUUGCCCACCUCUCUUGGACACAAUUGAUGGACACAAUGCGCUAAUCACCCACCUUGUCUGCGCCGCAGUAUGCAAAGAGGCGCAAGUUCUCUCCUCCCACUACCUGUCGUCUGCUGCUCCAAUUGGUGGAAAAUAAACCGAAAAAGACAAAUCUGAAACAAUAAUUUAUUUCGUGUUCUUAUAAUCAUAUGUUAUCUGUCAAAUAAAUAUCCAUGUGUU